UCCUCCGGACUUGGAGAUGGCCCCGCAUGCAUACCAACACCUUUCUAAUGCAGAAGAGGGGUACUUGGAUCGCGAAUUAGACCAUCCUAGAGGUCUUUCCCCCUCCCUUUCCGACCGUGCUGCGCGACCGCUCACUUACUACGGUGAGGGACCCUUCGACGCACCCAGUUCGGACGAUGAAGACGAAGAAUAUCUCGUGAAAGAGGCACACGGCCAAGGGGAAUCCGAACUAGACAGUGGUCUUCGAGUCGGUGGCAGCGGAAAGCGACCAACCGCACUCAAAGCUCUAGUCCUAUCACUUGCAUCCCUUGUCAUUUUGUCAGCUUGUAUUGGCGUUUUUGCUGCUACCGUACUGUACAAUGGCAAACCAUUCCGUGGACCGAGAGCCCAGAAAUUCUCCCUUGACCACAUUUAUAAUGGAACGUUCAGUGCUAGCCUCCAUUCAGUUCAUUGGGUCCCAGAAGCUGGGGACGGAGUGUUCUCAAUGAUGGAAAAUGGAUGGAUAGUACUCGUUGACCUCAAAACUAACGAGACCAAGCCUUUGAUUUCCACCGCAGAUAUCAAAGACGAAAAUGGAAGCCAAUUAAACUGGACCGAGUGGAAGCUUUCGCCGGACAUGAAGUACGUUCUUGUCAAGGCAGACAAGGUCAAACCCUAUGCAACAUGGGCACCAACCGGCCAAUCUAUUGCAUUCGUUGCGUCCAACGACCUUUAUGUUCUGCCGUCUCCCCGCUCCACUAUAUCUCCCAUCCGUGUGACAAACACUGGAAAUGCAUCGCUUUUCCACGGUAUACCCGACUGGAUUUAUGAGGAAGAAGUUUUCGGAACUGAUUACGCUCUUUGGUGGUCCCCUGAUUCUUCACAAAUUGCUUUUCUUCGGCUCGAUGAAACUGCUGUCGAUGAAUAUCGCUUUCCAAUCUACAACCCAACUAAUGACGCCUAUGCCGUUGUGCCCUACACCGAGGAUGUGGUGAUUAAAUACCCGAAGCCUGGCUACAACAACCCCAUUGCCUCGAUACACGUGUUUAAUCUGGCAAGCUAUCUCGAGUAUUCCAACAUCUUUUCUGCUGCGGCGACUACGAUCGAGUUAGUUUGGACCGGUCGCUUUUCGCCUGACAACAGUAUCAUUUCUGAAGUUGCUUGGGUCGAUGACUCGAGUUUGAUCGUGAGGGAAGUUAACCGUGCUGCUGACAACGGCAAUGUCAUCCUCUUCCACCUUGAUGAGUUGAUCCCAGAGCAAGGAACCGGGUCUGGUGUGGUCGUCAGACGACUUGGAAAGAAUGGUGAGGAAGCUGAUGAAGGCUGGAUCGAGUCGCAUCAGAACAUUUACCCUCUUCCACCAAGCCUGCGAUCAGGUGAUUCGCCAGCCUACCUUGAUAUCGUACCAUCAAAGGAUGGGUACAAUCAUAUUGCUCUUUUUGACCCGGCCGACUCCACUACGCCCCGUUUUCUCACUUCUGGACCCUGGGAGGUGACAGGAGGUAUACAAAUUGUGGAUGCCCAAAGAGGAUUGAUCUACUUCCAAGCGGCUCUGUCCUCCAUCGAGCGCCACCUGUAUUCUGUCCCAAUCUCAUCACCGAACACAGCAUCGCCUAUAACGCCCUCCCCAUUGACAGAUGAAUCGACCACAUCUUCAUACUCUGCCAGCUUCUCACCUGGAGCUGGCUUUUAUCUAUUAAACUACCGUGGACCUGGAGUUCCUUGGCAAAGGGUGGUCCGUGUUGACAAACCAGACUUUGACUAUGUUCUCACAGAUAAUGCUGCGCUUAACUCGACAUUGACUGUAUUCGAAACUGCCACAGUUACCUACACCACCAUCAUCAGUGAUGGUUAUGAACUAAACGUGAAGGAGAUGCGGCCACCGCGAAUGGAUGAUUCGGGUCGAACGAAGUACUCUGUACUUUUCCAUGUAUACGGUGGGCCCGAGAGUCAGAAAGUUGAUGUCAAUUAUAAACGCGACUGGCAUGACUACCUCGUUUGUACCCUCCAGUACAUAGUGGUUAUCGUUGACGGCAGGGGCACGGGCUACAAGGGGCGUCAGUUGCGCAACCCAGUGAGGAAUAAUCUGGGCUUCUGGGAGACCCGCGAUCAGAUCAAUGCAGCGCGCAUAUGGGCCAGUAAACCUUACGUGGACCCGAAACGUAUUGGCAUUUGGGGCUGGUCUUAUGGUGGUUUCAUGGCUUCCAAAGUAGCCGAGGCAGACGCAGGCAUCCACUCGCUAGCGAUGGCCGUAGCGACGAAUCAUCCUCGCUGGGCUCACAGAUACCCAGAUUCCAUUUAUACAGAACGGUACAUGGGUCUUCCGAACGACAACCCUGGCGGUUACAUCAAUGCUUCAAUCUCGUCUGUCGAAGGGUUCCGCAAUAUUGACUAUCUCCUGAUGCACGGAAGUGGCGACGACAAUGUCCAUUUCGCGAACUCGGCACAUCUCCUUGACAUGCUCACAAAUGCCCAAAUUCGAAAUUUCAAGUUCAGGAUGUUCACAGAUAGCGAUCACUCUAUUAACAUGAGAGGUGCCAACAGGGAAGUGUACGAGUACAUGACAUUGUUCCUUCUCGAGAAGUGGGGUAGGGGGGGUCACCGUCGGGGUUGGUGAGGGUUUCUAUUGGCAUACCCGAGGCCUCAGCUGUACAAAGGUUCCAAUAGUAUGAUAAAGACGAUGAUGUUAGGCGUAAUAUUCUUGUUGUGGGUCCAGGAUAUCCGGAUGCUAUAUUUCAUACCAGGCGAAA